AUGGAAAUAAAGACAGGGAUGAUAAGUGGGGCUCUUUCGUCUUGCUAUUUGAAGACUAAUAAAACAUCAGUUAUAUGCUGCAUCUAUCUAGAGCAAAAAGGAGAGACGGAGCCACAAACCGAGGUACAUUUCUCCGAGGGACUACCUCUGCAGAUUCGUUCAGGAGUUAGCUCAAUCGUAAAGUCGUUAUUUUCAACAAAAACUAGAUCUACAAGGAUCAAAGUGACAUUCCAUGCUGUGAGAUGUGGAGAGGACUUGUUUUCUUGUCUUGUAAACUCUUUUUCCGUAUGUGCCAUACUAUCUGGGAUUGGGAUCAUAGAUACCAUUUGUUCUAGUACUGUAUAUGCUGACAAGAAUAACAUUUCGCUUACAAGUCAGUUGAAUUCUUUCCCUCUACACAUGGUGUAUAUGAUUCACAAGAAAAGAAUCAUGCAGGUGCAUUUUGAUGGGUGCCUUGACUCUUCUCUUUUUGUUAAAGCCACUGAGAGGCUUGUCCAGACAUGUGUUGAGCAGGCCGACAUGUUGAGAUUAACAAUAGAGGAAAUUACAAGAACAGGAUGA